AUGACGUUGCCGGCAAGUGUAACUCAGAACAAGUUUCUAGGGAAUAGCAAAAAUAAGUCCCAGCUCAUUAAAUUUCUCCAGGAGGAAUUAAAACGUACUAAUAUAAUGUCUCAGCAGAGUGUAGCUGAUGCGGAUGUUGAUAUUGUGCUUAAGACCAUUGAUACUGCUUCUGGAAGCCGGAACAACAAAGUGGUUAUUGUUUUGAAAGAUACUGACGUCCUAACAAUGCUUGCUUCUCGGACUCCACCGAAUCUAGAAGUGUUCUUGCUGAAGCCGCCUUCUGCUAAAGUACCUGAUGUUGUGUAUUCUUUCGAGAGCUUAGCAUCCAGAAGUGCGUGCAUCAGUACAGGCUUGGUAUGGUUCACAAGGUCAAUACGAGACCUUAGCUCCGUUGGAUUGGGGUGGGAAUUGGUGCAUGGAGAGCUCAGUCCUAUCACCAUGACCCAGGAAGCCGGUCCCGAUGAAAUUUUAAGAAAAAUUUCUUGCUCUUGUGAAACCGACUGUGCCAGAAUUGAAUUCGGCAUCCUUGAAAACCCCGAGUAA